GGAGAAAAUUUAUAUUGGGGGACGGGGGGAGGGGGAGAUCAAGGUCUGCCAUUCAUCCCAGAAACUAGUUUAAUGAUUUGAGGAACAAACAUCAAAUCAGUUACUGGAUCUUGGGAAGAUCAAUUGUGUACUAAAAUAAUUGAAAUAGAAAUAAAUCUAUUUCCGUUAUAACUUGGAGCAAUAGCUCAGCAUUCCUGUCAGCCUAUAUCCUCUGUCAGAGAUAUCCUCUGGUGUUCAUCCUGAAUUAUAUUCAGAUGAGCCAGGAUGCCCAUCAGGAUGGAGAAUGGAAGGAGAACAUUGGAGAUGUUUGUAUUACUGUAGUGGAGAAGCCAGUAGAGGAUUGUGCCUUUGGAAUUAGAAGGCCGAUAUUUAUCAGCCCUACCCCAGGCGAUGGGGACAGGAUCAGUGUGCUGCCCUACGAGGACGUUUCCUUCACAGUGAUGGCUGUCAGCACAAGAGAAAGGAUGGCGGACUUGCAGGUUCUGGGUCCUUACGGGCUACGCACAUUGGGUCCGUGGAUGGCAGAUGAUCUCUGCACUGUCUCUGUGAAUAUCACCUGGGAGAGCAGGAACCCUGCAAGAUCGCACCAGGUUCCUGUAUGUUUUGUGGCCAGCACAUUGUCCGGGUUACAGUCUGAGCUCAGAUGCAUUUGGAUUGUGCAGAAAGCUGCUGAUUACUCACAGGUCACAGGGGUGUUUGUAACUUGCGACGUGAAGCUGUGCCGCAGCUUGAACAGGUCCAGGCUAUGCCCUUCAGGGUGCAGGUCCUUCAAAAGCAACGAUUCGCCAUGGAAGAUACUAGAAACAAAGAUCCAUCGGAUCACCGCUGGGCCAAUCCAGAUCACCAAGGGCCCUUCCAACGGUACCAACUACGCUGCCUUAGUGGUUGGGAUAGUGCUGGGCUGCACAGUGGUGUGUAUCGUCUUUCUGCUGUUGAAGAAGUCCUUUGUGGGGGUGCCAUACAGGAAUGUAUCCCUAAGAAUAUGAAACUAUCACAGCAAAGGGCAUUUUGAGAGGAAUUCUAAAGCCACUUGAUAACUAACCCCAUACCAGAUCCAAAGCAGCAAUAAAAUGACUAUGGAAGAGUUCAAUUUUCUUCAUUCCACAAAGGGCCAGUUACAGUGUUAGCAGAUGUCUCAACUACCAUUGCAAAGGAAUCAUAAAAGUUUCUUUGUUCAGGUGAGGCACUGCAAGUGUCUGUUACAUUUGCAGAGCUGCUACAAUGUCUGCAGCUGUGUUUUAGUAUGCCAAUAAGCCAAAAGAAAACUGGAUUUUAAGAGGAAUUACAAGUCUAAUUUUAAACUGAGAAAAAGAUGGAAAUACACACUGAAGGUUAUUAUUCAGUAUCCACCUCUCAAUUUGGUGAAGUCCAAGUGUGAGAACAAGACCCAUACUAAGAAAUAACAAAAAAACAGCAGAUAUGUUCAGACAAUGCAAGAGCCUUUUCUUUAGAGUGACACUGGCACUGUUUUUUGACUUUUUUACAAUAUUAAAAGUACACUUGCUAUUUGUGAGGCAUAGGGACAAAUUUAAGUCUCUACUGAUGGAAACUUGACACACAUAAUAAAGGUUGCUGCUUGGAUGCAAGAGCUGAGAUGCCUACUAUGCAUACUUCUCAACCUGCCAAGACCCAAACACAGAACAAUACUCUGCAUAACAAUGUGGGCAGAUUCAAAAAGGGACAAAAAUUAUUCAGGCAGGAAACUUCAAAUGCCA